ACUGAAGGACCGUUGUCAAUUACAAUGCCACCUUACUUGGCCACUGAUGACCUGAAGGAACUUUUUGUACCAGCUGGCAGUGCAUUUAUUACCUUUUUGUUUUGGAUUAUUUUCCAGUAUGUGUUUAAAUUGGAUUUUCAAUGUCCUUGUGACCCUAAGGAAAAUACUCACAUCUGUGUAGUUUACAUGAUUUUUCCUGCCAUCUCACUUUUCAUUGUAGUGAUUAUUGCUAACAAGCGCAUAAGGAGUACUGCCUGCAGCAAUGGGACAGGAAUACAAUGCAAGAGCAUUAUUAUUUUAAUGCCAAUAAUUAAAGCAAUCUCUGUAGCGUGCCUGUGGAUAAUUGCAGUACUGAUUGAUGGGGACUGGUAUGUGUGCCUUACAACAACUAACUAUAGCUUGCCACCUUAUGAGCAAAGUUUUUGCAAAAAUAUCAAAACCCCUGCUGAAGAUGCAGAUAUCCGGACAAAGAAAAGUUUGUCACGAGAGAUCGCCAUUUUGGUUUUAUUUGGACUAAGUGUCAUUUGGACAUUCUUCUUAGCAAUAAGGCAAGCUGACUGCAUGCGGCCACUUGCAUAUCAGUAUAAUAAGAUUCUCCUGGAGAAGACUGACCUCUAUAUAAGAAAGGAAUUGAAAAACCUGGCUAAAGACAAGGCAAAGACAAGAGGACAGGAACAAAUAAACAACGUCCAAUUAUUUUUACAGCGGGCAGAUGCAGAAACACAGCAACAGCAGCCGGAGGGGGAUCCGUCAAGAAUCUCACGAUCAACAUUACAGGCCGCAUCUAAUAAAGCAAACCCAGAGCAACUAGAUCCAUCUUCAGACACAUAUACUAUAUCCUCAGAGAAGUUCGGGGAAACAGCUGACAAUCUACCUCUACUAGACGGAAAAAAAUAAAAAAGACAAUGACAUU